AUGGCUGGCUUUCUGCGAGGCAAGCAGGCAGGCAUCCAGAAUGACCUGUCUGGCAGCAUCCGACCAGAGCUCUUUACUCCCGACGACCAUGCGCGAUACGGCCUCAACUCGCAGAUAAGCUGCUUUGCAUACGAUCCUGUGCAGUCUCUGCUUGCCAUCGGAACGGCCGAGAGCAAGUUUGGCCCGGGCAAGAUUUAUGUCUUCGGCCAACAACGCGUCCAGAAGACUUUGGAUCCGCCGCGACGAACCUCGUUCCAGUCUGUGCAGUUCAGCGCAAACCGUCUCGUCAGCCUCGACAGGAACAAUGAGCUCAGCCUUUGGGAUCUCGACACGGGAGAGCGUGUGGCGACGCAGGUCAUCGGCGGGACUGUGGCCGCGAUGGUGACGGAUCCCAUGCUCGACUGGGCUUUUAUCGGAAUGCAGAACGGAGACGUCUUGGCUUAUGACCUCGAUCGACACGGCCUCGCUCGCCAGUUUCGACUGCCAAACUUUUGGAGAGACAAGGAUCCAACGCAGCACACUGUCACAUUGAUCACCAUGUCGAUGCAUCCUCGAGACGCUGGAAAGCUCCUGAUCGGAUAUAGCCAUGGCGCAGUCGUCUAUACGUUUAAGCAGAAUCAGCCACAGCAGUUCAUGGAAUAUGUUUUGCCGCCUGGAGCGCCUGGGGGAAGCGGUGUCGGCAUGGAUGCUGUGCGCCGCCCCCGUUUGACUCAUGCGCUGUGGCAUCCUUCUGGAACCUUUAUUCUCACCGCACACGAAGAUGGAAGCUUGGUCUUCUGGGAUCCCAAAGAAGGAAAAAUUGUCAUGGCAAGAACCCUCACGGAGAUGGGCAUCCACCAUCCCACCCCAAGCGCACCAACAACGGGAUACUCUGAUCCUUUUGUCAAGAUAGCUUGGUGCUGCAAGAAGAACUGCGACGAUACAGGUUUACUGAUUGCAGGUGGCGAGGGUGUGGAUGCGUCUCCCAAGAGUUUGACAUUCAUCGAGCUUGGUAUGACGCCUAUAUACGCUACCUCCACCUGGCAGGCUUUGGAGAACCAUUUCCGCGGCAAGCGACAUAUUCCGUUAGCACUGCCACCGGGAGCUCAAGCGGUGGAUUUUCUGCUUAUUCCAAGAGACUCCCCCUAUUUUGGAGGCGCGCAGGAUCCCAUUGCCGUGGUUGUGCUGCUCACGUCUGGAGAGCUGAUUACACUGAGCUUCCCAUCAGGAUACCAAAUCAGCCCCACGAACCAGCUUCACCCGUCUACUUUCUUCGUACAUCCUUUUGUUACAAAGUUCAAUGUCUCCAGUGUCGAUCGACCUAGGUGGCUGACGAUGGUGGAGAAGAGAGACCAGGGAGAACCUAUCUUGAAGGGUGGAGCAGCUGGCCCGAGGCCGAAAAAACGAUUCGAAGAUCGCACAAUCAUUCAGACUGCACAUGCUGAUAGCAUUAUCAGACUAUGGGAUUCUGGACAUGCUGAUCAAAUUGAAAAUGAAGUCCAGCUGCAGGUUGACCUGGCCAGAGCCUUGGAUCGAUUUGAAGACGUGGAAGUUACGGCGAUGAGCUUGUCCAGCGCUACCGCCGAGUUCAUUGUUGGCACCAAGACAGGAGAGGCUGUAAUAUUUCGCUGGGGCGUGAACCACUCUUACGGGAGGAAUCAGCCCAAGCAGCUAGAUCCGAAUCCAAAGGGACUCUCGGACAUCAGCUCUAGGGCGGAGCCGAGCUUGAAGGAGGGACUUAAUCCAGCUGUCCUGUACGAGAUGAUGCAGGGCCCGGUCACUGCCGUUCAGAUAUCAAACGUUGGAUUCGCUGCGGUUGGAUCAGAGCUUGGCUUCCUGACACUGAUCGAUCUCCGGGGUCCCAAGAUCAUCUUUCAAGCUCCAAUGACUGAUUUUGCAAAGACCGAGAAUAGAAUGUCAUUCCUCAAGGGCCACUCGAGAUCGAGUUCGGCACCGCCGAAGGAGUGGCCCACGGUGAUUGAGUUUGGCGUGAUGACGCUGGAUGAUGACAAAUACUCAUCAAUUUGUUGCUUUGUCGGGACCAACAUGGGCAAAGUCAUUACUUUGAAGCUGUUGCCCGGCGGAGGAGGCUAUACGGCCGAAGUAGCAGGAACGGUGAACUUUGAUGGGAAAGUUGUGUCUCUGAACCCCAUUCAGGCUGAUACAGGCAAACCAGCGCUGGCCACAGGGCAUACUGUGGGCGGAUUGCGAGAGGGACGCCAAGUGAAUGGAGCUCUCGUUGCAGGCAAGUAUUCUCCUAUUCAAUCUCAUUCAUCUUGUUUGCCGCUAAUGCUGGGAAUAGUUACCGAAAAGGAAAUCAGGAUAUGCAGACCUGCUCACUCAAAAGGUGCUUCCAAAGAAUUCGACGAUGUGAUAUGCGAUUCGGCUUGCGUGGCAGAGCUUGAGCUGAAUGGUUAUGCUAUUGUUGCGGCCUUUAGAGACGGAUCAGCUCGAGCAUAUAGCAUUCCAGGCAUGCGAGACCUUGGUAGCGCGAAGCUCCCAAUGGUGGAUCGUACUCGAAGCACAGCAAGCAUUGUGACGCAAACAGGCGACAUAUUCGCCUGGGCAGGACCGGCAGAAAUGGCUGUUGUUCACGUUUGGGGAGCGGGCAAGGAGCUCCAGCAGUCCCCAGAUGUGCUGAUCAACCCCAAGAUUCCUAUCCCGACCCGGCCGACGAUUUCUAACCUUCAAUGGAUAAGCGGAACACAGCAUGUCUCGCCGCUGGAUCUCGACCUCUUGAUAGGAGGCCCCAACAGACCGCCUAGUCAGAGGAUGAUGGAGGCCGCUGCAGCGGAGCAACGUGCUGCCAAGAUUGGGAAUACUGUAGGAUCCUCCAAAGAGGGCUGGGGAGACUAUUUGACGCGGCAGCUCAACGAGAGAACGGAGAAGCUGAAUCUUAUGGGAGAUACGAUGAAUACGCUGCAGGAACAAUCGGAAGGAUGGGCGGAUGACGUUAGCAAGUUUGUGGGGAGACAGAAACGGAGUAUGGUUAUGGGGGCUCUAUCGUCGAAAUUCUUCUAA